AUGACCAACCACUGCCACUGCUUUGUCUCCGCCAGCGUUUACAGCCCCGUCCACCUCGCGCACUACCCGACGCCCCAAGCCCCCGAGGCCUCCGCGAAACAGUACCGGGGGCGGGCCGAGCGACGCAGCCGGGACGAAGCCCUGGCGCGCCCUCCCCCCCUCCCCGGUCUGGUAGGGCGAAGGAGCGGGCGCGCGGUCGAUCGAGCGAUCGGUUGGCGGCUCUUUCUCCUGCUCUGGCAUCCAGCUCUUGGGGCGCAGGCCCGGCCGCCGCGGCGCGCGCCCGGUGGCCGUUGGCGCUCGCGCCGCGUCUUUCUUCUUGUACGCAGAACUCGGGCGGCGGCCUAUGCGUUUGCGAUUCGACGAGGAGUCGUCCGGGUGGUCGGUGGCGGCGGGCAACUGCUCCGCCCCGCUCCCGGGGAGGCGGCGGCAGCGGCGGGAUUUGGCGCGGCCGGGGAGGCGGGGGUGGCCGGGGCCGGCCUGGAGGCCUGGCGCCACCCUACUGGGCCUGCAAGAACCCAGCUGGGGGGGCAGGAGGGAGCUGGAGGAUGGUUGGUGGUGGGCUUUCUACUUUGCCUUUUCCUCCUCAUGCCGCCUUAGUGAGAUGCGGGAUCUCUGGCAGCAGCUCCGGGGUGGGGAUACGAGCUCCGGAGUAGAAGAGCUGGGUUUGCUUCCGGGCCUAGCCAUCAGCUGGCCGAGUGACCUUAGGCAAGUCACUCUGUAAUUUGUCUGCGCCUCAGUUUCCUCCUCUGCCUGUCGUUGUGUGUGGGGUUGAAAAGCGCUUUGUAAACUAUACAGCGUUGGUAUAUGUAAAGGAUGAUUAUUGUAAUUUUUUUUGAGUUGUAAGAAAACAGUUACCCAUCCGUGGAAUUUUGAUCCUGGGAAACUUGGAUUGGAGUUGGAGAUCGCCAAAACUCCCAGAUAUUGUAUGCAGAAAAUUUGUGGGAACGUGCAUUAUAAGGAAUGAUAAUCCACCGCUAGCAAGUUUUCAAAGGGGCCUGUGACCCAGAAGAGUUAAGAACAAUUCCUGUGUGCCACUUCCUUUAUGCCACGGGGAGGAAACUGAGGCCUAGAUGUCGUUUGGGAUCCUUCACUACCAAUUUGAAGCCCCUGUUUGAGUCCCUGGGAUAUGUGAGCUGUUACUAUGCAUAAUAGGUAUUUGGGGUAACAACAAGCCCUGCUGGCUUCUAUUCUGAAUUCUUUCCUUUCACCAUGGGGUGCCUGAAGGAUGGUUGAUGCAUAUGGUACAAUGGCACCCAAUGUAAAGCAGCUACAAUUGAGAGUGGAUGUGUUCUGUAGUAUCAAGAAGCAUAUUUAAUCUUUGGCCCAGCGGUUCUUUGUUUUCUGCUGUUUAUACUGGUGCCUGACUACCUAUCUAUCUUUGACCAUUUUCCACGACCAUUUUGCCGUGUGUCACUUGCUCCUAUUUUGUGUCCCUAGUUUGUGUGGUUGGUAGUGAACAGGCUUAUUUUUAAAUGGUGCUGCCAUGCCCAGCUAAUUAAUGGUGCACAUGGAUUUUUAGCAGGCAGGUUCAUUGGAACAGAUGUGGAAUUCCCGAAGAUGUUUUGGGUUUUUUCUUUAUUUGAAGGCUAAUGUGCUCUGAAAAGUUUUGUUAAAACUCCUGCUGAAACUCAAAAAUCAGCUAUUUGAAACUUUCCUGGCCUGCUAUGUAUUCUACUUGCUUAUAAGUGUGAUAAUGAGAUAGCCAAAAUGCCAUUUUUUGUUUCUUUGUUAAUUGUCAGCUGCUUUUUAUCAAAUUCCAGACCAUUAUCCAGCAAACACUAAAAAUGUUUGAAUAGUUGAAUUUCAAACAUUUUAAUUUUGUGGAGUGGUGCUUACCAAGUGGUACAGCUCGAAGCAAGAGAACAUGAACACUUAAGUGUAGUUUGUCUGAUUAGAUUUUAGCCAAUUAUGCUGUUUCAUUCAACUGUCUGAAAAAAAAAAAAAAAAUCAGUUGACUAUUCCCUUUACCUAAAGGGCAGAGACAAAUGAUUCGCUUCCA